CCAUUGUGAAGUCUAUUAUUGUUUACACGCAUUAUCCGUCAUUUAUACGUCAAGCACAAUGUGCGUGUUUAGUUGGAAAUCUUUUUGAUAUUUUAAGUUAAUCAACAGGUAAUAUUUGUUAACGGAAAUUUCAAUAUUGGUUGGAAAUAUUUUGAAUGAAUCCAAACAAAAAGAAAUCAUCAACGAUUAAGAGAAAAUUAAGUAUUAUGAAAUGUCCCUUGUCCCAGACUAUGCAGUUUCCUCAUCUGAGUCAUCAAGUAGCGAUGAUGAAUCGGAAAGUUCAAGUAAUGAAAUUGUCAGUGACACAAAACCCGAAAAAGUAACAACAUAUGACAUUGAUAUAAAUUCAAAGUUACCAACACCCGGUUUUAUUAAUGAAAAAUCUGAUGGAUCACUUACCUCAUCCGUUUUUAAGAAUCCUUUUGUGGAGGCUGAAAACGCUGAAAAAGCGAUUCUUGAGAAACACGUCAAAAUGGUCGUAGCCAGUGAAAGUCGUGAUUUCUUAAAUGGGAAGAAGGUGUGUUGGAAUUAUCGUAAGGGAAGGUGUCGUUUUGGGCACAAUUGCAAGUAUGCCCACGAUUCUGACCUCCAGAAGACCAAACAACAGCUAGAUGCAGAGAAUAAGGUUCAAGAAACUGUCGUUUGUCAAAGUCCUUCUGCUCAGCCUACUAAUCGAGAUUUACAACAUAUCAAUCUUGAAUCAAUUGGACAGAUACAGAAAAGAAAAAGACCCGGAUUAUCACAAGGAUUAGUACCAGGUAAAAAAGUGAUGAAGAAUUAUUUUAAUCAGAAAAGUUAGUAAUCAAGUGUUUAGGUUAUGUUAAAUUUUUUAAAAAUAAUUAAUCUAUUUUAUAUAAAUGUAUUUAGUUA